AUGGCGGAGCUCAAGCGCCUCACGCUCAUCGCGGCGCUGUCGUGCAUGUCGAGUCUCGGCCUGGCCCAGAGCGGAAGCAGCAGCAGCAGCAGCAGCACCACCACCAAAAGCAGCAAGACGAAGGUCAUCCAGACCACAAACUACAUCGACACCAUCGACGGCUACUCCUCGCUCUCGUCAUGCGCCAUCGACGUGCUCUCGACCGUCGUUCGGGGCGAGUUCAGCGGCUGCGGAGGCUGGGAUGACAACCUGACGAGCUACACGUGUUUCUGUACCGACAGCUACUCCUUCAUGAGCACCGUCAUCUCGACGGACGUGCUCACGAGCUGCGCGGAUGAUUCUGCAGCGAGUGCACAGGCGACAAGUGCCAUAUCCAUCUUUGAUAAGUACUGCGCACUAGGGGUGGAAGCCGGACUGGAGCCAACAUCAGAAUCCGGAUCAUCGAAUCCCACUGCCUCGCCAGGCGCAACGGGCUCCUCAAGCACAGCAACAGGCUCGCCCAGUUCCGACAGCGGGGCUAACUCAUCAAGAACGACGGCCAUCGCGGUCGGCGUCGUGGUCCCCGUCGUCGUGAUAGCCAUAGCCGUCAGUGCGUGGCUGAUCUGGCGGAAACGGAGGGCGGCCAAAGCAGGGAAUUGGGACCAGUGGAACAGGGGGAACACAUCAGGGUACGGUAACGGCCCGGUACGCGAUGCGAACGCCGUGGAGGCGCCGACCUACGAGCAGAAAACGGAAGAGUUGCCGUACUCUCCGCAUAACGCCUCCGAGAUGUCAUCUUACUCCCCUCACAGCACUGCCGAAAUGGCAUCCUACCAGCACCACACGGCAGAGAUGCCUGACACCCAGCAUCGACAGGAGCUUCCAGGUUAA